AUGUUUUCAUAUUUCUUAACGGCAUUCAUUGUUUUGUCAAAACUAGUUUCAGGUUAUAUUGUUGUACUCUCUGGUACUGAAAAUGUAAUUCAAAAUGGUACAGCUUAUUUUAAAGCUGAAGUUUUUGAUGAUGAGGGUUCUUUAAGCACUUCUUAUUUUAUAUUUCAUUGGAGUGACAAUGCUUCACCACCUCAUUCACAUGAAAUAGAAAUUCAAUCUCCAGCUUAUUGGAAUGUAACUUAUGGUUUAGAAUACCCUCCAAAUGAUUAUGAAAUUACUGUAAAAGUUCAAAAAUCUAUAAUUGGAAUCAGGACUACAGUUGAUACAAAAUCAAUGAAACUCAAAGUUACCAAAUAUUUAGUUGGCGAUAUAUUAUUGAGUCAGGGAAAUUUCACUAGGAAAAAAUAUGUUUCAAAUGAAAUGACAGUAAAUCACACUAUUUUACUUAAGGAUAGUUAUGUUAAUUAUGUAAAAUCCAAAAAUUUUAUUAGAGUUUUUUGGUUUGUCGAUUGCAUUUAUUAUGGGCCAAAAUUUAAUUUCGAGUUUGAUUUCAAUUACACAAAAACUGAUAAAAUGCAUUUUGUCGAAGCCAUAUUAAUAGCUUCGAGUGUUUCAAAUCUAAUUAAAAAAAAUGAUGAAUAUUCUAUUGAGGAUAAAAAUAAUAAGACAAAUUUAAUAAUUGGACAACCAAAUGUUACUUCAUCGAAUAAUAUGAAUGUAACAAAAGAAAAUAUAUCAUCAAUUAUUGAGGAUGGAAUUGAUGAAGAAUUAAAAAUUUGGUUAAAUAAUUAUAAUUUAUCCGUCAGCAAAUCGAAGCCAUAUGGGUAUUGCAUUAAUUCUUCUAUUGUUCCUCAAAUACCAAAAUACACAUAUGGUUUUUUUAGAACAAAUCUUACUGUAAAAGCUCCAGUUAAAAUAUCACCUAUAAAUGGAACAAAUUGGUUAAUGGAUGGUGAAAUAUUAAACAUAAAUGUAUCGUGUAAUGGAUCUUCUCCAUAUGCAUUUUGCGUUCUCCUGAAAUCCGGAUUGUACAACAUCACAGGAAACGAAACAUGCAACGAUGAAACAGUGAUAAGAAAUUGCAGUUUUGGAAUUCAGCAUUUAUUUAAAAAACCAUCAGAGUAUACUUUAGUCGUGAUAAUAUCAAACGCAGUAUCAAGAGUUGUUAAACCCAUCGCCGUGAAUAUAUAUAAAGUGAAAAAACAUGCUCAGUUAUCCGUGAUUAUCGUACCCGUUUCGUUUAGUUUAAUCGCAACCAUAUUGAUUAUAUUCGGGGUUGCUUAUUACGUUCAAAGCAAACACAAAUACACGAUUGAAGUUGCGGAUUUCGAUUUUGGAAAUCAAACGAGUAACAUGGAAUAUAAAUCAUUUCGUGAACGUUUAAGAGAAUCAAUUAGCAAUUCAUUUUUAAAAUCAAAUGACUAUUUGGAUAACGAUUCUUCUUGGUCAGAUUCGAAACCUACGUCAAGAAAAUAUGGAAGUAUGCAGUAA